UGUUGCGAAGGUAAAGUGGGUUUUUUUGUUCAACUGUGUGCAUGUCCUGAGAGUGGUGCUGUGGGUGGGCAGGGAGUUGUUUGUGAGUGGCAGAGCUGGCAGGCUGGAGUGGGGAGUGCAGAAGGAGGGGGUUGGCCAGGGCCUCUCACAGAUGGUAACCUGGCCCCCAAUGACAGGUGCACGGUUCUCCCAGGGCCCGGGUGGGGGAGAUAGUUGCCUGCUGGGACCAGCAGGGCCAGCACCAUGGCCAGCAGGAGUGCGGGGCACUGGUCAUCGCUAGCAGGGGCAGGGGCAGCCCUGGCGCAGGGAGGCAGGGUGGGUAAGGAGGGAGCUGCUAAGUCCCACCAUGUGUAGACAUCUGCUAAAACCCUCUUAAUCCACAUUAGUUUAAUGCACAUUAAAUUCAAGUCUGCUUAUAUUGGUGUGUAGACACACCCAGUAUUAUUAGAAAAAAGGCAGGUUUUGUAGAAAACCUGUAUAUUCUCUUACCUGCUUAGCCAGUUAUGAGUUUCUCUUUUAUAUGCUAGGCCAAAUAGAUCCUUUGGAUCUCACUAGGUACUCUACUACUACAGUUGAAUAGAUUACUGCUAAUGUGGUAGAUGACAACCAUUCAUAUUUUUUAUGGCUAAACUUUGUCCUCUCUCAUCUGCACUCUUGAUAGGAAACAAUUAUGUUUUCAAAGACUAAUUGCCAUCAUGAUUUAAACACCAUUUUUGCUUUAAAUUGGAGUUCAUUUUGCCUAAUACUACUUCAUGCAUUUUUAAUAUUUUGCCCAUAGUUUGUGUCUGCACACUUCGUUGCCUAAUAUUUCUUUUUGUGUUCCAAGUUACAAGUUCAAGUAAGCUAUGAAAAGGCAGGUAUAUUUCUACAACAAUAGGAUGUUUUACUUUGAAUAUUAAAACAGUUUAUCAAUAGAAGUUUGAAAUAUAAAAUUGUCUCUGGUGUUUCUGUGGUAGCCUAUAUUCUUGUAAAUUGUAAACAUAACUGCUUGCUUGCUUUAUUCCUAUACGCCAUUAAUUUUAACAAGAAACUUAAACUAGUGCUGGAUCUUUUUAAAAGUUUUCCUUAACUCUUUUACAAAGAGUAUAAGAGUUAUAAGUAGCCAGUGGCAAAAAAUUGCCAGUACAACAAAAGAAUGAGUAGGUCAUGUAUUAUUUUUUUUUUUUAAAUUCCCCUGUUUUGGCAAGCAAAAAACCCUGAUAUUACCUUAAUUUUAGAACAGUAUUAACAUUUUGCAUAUAUGGUUCCUUUCAUCUGAGGACCCCACUGCGUUACACGGUGCUGCUUUCCAAGGAAGAUUGAAAUGGAAUUUUCCUUCUGAAUUAUGAUAGUGGAAGUACUAAUCCCAGCUAUUGAACAAAGCUCUACACCUAGUCCAAAUGAGAGGGACUGACUGAGAGGAAAGAUGAAGCUGAAAAGUUCACUGGGAUUUAUUCUUCUAUUCCUCUUUAAAUGUGAUGUGUUGACAAGUGCUGAAGAGGCUGUGGUGCUUGCUAAUGCCCAUCUUCUCCCUCAAAGAGGCUACGAGAAACUGGGUAACAACAAUGAGAAAGAAUAUCCAAGGGAUUGUUACGAGAUUUUUCAACGCUCUGAAAGAAACUCCAAAGAUGGUCUUUAUGUUAUUCAGCCAAUGAAAGAUCCUAUUGUUGUCUACUGUAAUAUGCAAGAUGGUGGCUGGACAGUAAUCCAGCACAUUACAGCCAAUAGUACUGUGGAUUUUGAUAGGACUUGGCAGGAUUACAAAUGUGGUUUUGGCUCAGUUCAUGACAAUUACUGGUUAGGGAAUGAAUACAUGCAUCAGUUAACCAGCAGUUCAAGGCCAUAUACACUUAGAGUCAAACUCGUAGACUUAAAUGCUGAAAUCAAAUGGGGAGAGUAUGACCCAUUCUACAUUGAAAAUGAAGAGUCUCAAUACAGGAUAAGGGUUGGUCUAUACAAAGGAAAUGCUAUGGAUGCUCUGACGCAGGACACAGAAGCUUAUCUCCAUGACAACCAGAAAUUCACAACCAAAGACAGAGAUAAUGAUAACUAUUUUCAGAAUUGUGCUAAACUAGAGUACAAUGGCAUUCCAGGUGGAGGCUGGUGGUACGAUGCUUGUGCUGGAGCAAAUCUAAAUCGCAGGAAUGUUAUAUACUGGCAAAAGGACUGCAACAAAGACCAUAUGUGCAAGUUUGCAUGGAUGAUGGUCAAGCCCAGUGACUAUGGCCAGUGUACCACAAAGGCUUGUCCUUGUCAUAAAGAUGAAUUGUAAAUAACACAACUACAUUUUAAAAGGAUGUCAUCAAUGAAGCUUGUAAAAAAUCUAUUUGCUAUCUCUUUGUUUAUUGUAUGGAAUCAGUAGGAUCACUGUUGGUAGCAAAAUUGUUUUCUAUGACUAGUUCUUUUAGAAACUCUGGAACUAACUUCAAAAUUUGGAUAAGAGUUUGAAUUCCCUGUUGGUAAGGAGCAUUUGAGUCCAUUGUUCUGGCUCAACUCAUGGCAAAAUCAGACUCAGGUGAUGUUUUUCAGAGCUGGGUGUGGUUUGUGAUUCUGAAUUCCUCCCAAAAGUAAGAUAUUUUUUAAUCUAGGGAUUUCCAUUCAUUUUUACUUUGAACUUUUUGUACCACAUAAGUACAAUAAGAGGUAGGUGUAGCUAUUUAAAUGAUCACUUUCAAAGGACUAGAGAGGCAUGGAUAAGUAAUAAAUAAUUAUUACAUUUCUGUAAUCUCCUGCCUGAAGACAAAGUCUUAGGUUCGUUUACUAUUCUAUUAACUGGAACAGAAAAUUAAACAACAGACUAUGUUCACAGCUAGUCUGUGUGAAUCCCAGAUUCAUUAUGAAUGGACUCUUUUUUAAAGCUCUUCCUAAAUAUUCCUGUUUCUGAAUUCAGUCCUGCCUCUGUACAGGCUGGCAGGGUUGGACCUAUAGUCAUGACAAGUAUCCAUUUGUAAUGUAGUACAUUUGUAAGGACCUAUUCAAUUCACGAUUUUGUGGAUUUUGCAGAAAUUGUGAAAUUGGGCAAUGUCUGCAACAUCUGGGGAGAAAAAGAAAAACUUACUAAAACUAAAAUGCUGCCUCCCCAGUGGGAGCCUCUAGUAUUCAUGGCUGGUGUAGAAGGAGAAAAGGGGGCUGCUGGUACAAAGGGGAGCAGCCAAGAUGGCUGCUGCCCCACGCCCCUUGCUGAUGAUUGCCUGAGAGGGCUGCCUAUUGUGUGGCUCCAUCCCACUCCAUUAAUCAGCACCAAGGGGUAGGGCACCAGGGCCCCUCAGCCAAUCAGAGGUGUGGGAGGGCACCAUGAUAAAUCCUGCCAGCCCUGUGAUCUGCCCACGAAAUCAGCCACAUGCCUCCUUGAUUUAAGUAGGUCCUAUACAUGCGCUAAUGAAAAUGGAACUCCCAGCAAGAAACAAUUUGACAUUAAAGAGGACUGAUAUGAAAAUGUGUAUGUCUUAUAUUCCAUUCAUAGAGGGCCAUGAUAUGCAUGCAAUUCUGAAAAGUUGUUUUUAUGUGAGUAUUUAUGGUUGUAGCAAGUUUACAAAUACACAGUGGCAUAUUUUUAUGAAUCUGGCCAAAAUCCUCAGUAGCACCUGUUGGUAUGUAUGUUGUAGGUAUAGUUAAAAGACGCAUAUCACACCGGUGGUUGCUUGAGUCAGGCAGAAAACAGAGCAGGGUUGCACCUUAGAGCAGGGGUGGGCAAUUAUUUGGGCUGGCAGGCCACUUAAUGAGUUUUGGUGACCUGUCAAGGGCCACAUCUGUGUCCCUCCUGCUCUGUGUCCCUCCUUCCCUCCCUCCUGGAGCUGUGAACAGUGUGGAAGCCACAUGCUGCCCCCGCCCCACAUGGCCAGAGUCCACCUGCCUGAAGUUUUAGCAUGCCCCAACCCGCCAGGCUCCAGGUGCAGAAGCAUGAACCCGCCCACAGUUGUAGCAUGCCCUGUGUCCCCCACCCCUCCAUGCCUGGAGCCCCAACCCAGAAACUGCUGGCCACAUUUAGACAGCUGGGGAUGCAGCCAACAGCUGCCAGGUCCCAAGUAACAGGGUUUGGGACUAUGAACUGUGUAUAACAUAAGCUAUUCCUUAUUUUUAUUAGACCAGCCAGACUUAAUGGUCUUGUCAGCCUUCCUAUUAGAAAGUUUCAUAGUGUGGGUUUACAAUGCUAUAAAAUUUUUCUCCUAGUUGAAACUUCAUGAACAAUUUUAUCAAUUUUAAAACAAAAUGCAUCUGGCAAGUUUUGAAUUGUAAUAAAAAAAAUAUAUGAGUAUUCACACACUUCUUGUUUUCUUGAGUAAUUUUUAAAUGAA